GCGGCUUCCGGGCAGAGCGGCGGCCGUGAGGAUGCGCGCCCGGCUUCUGCUGAGCGCCGCCCGCUGUCUUUGGGCCCGGCGACCCCCCGGCCCGGCCCGCCGGCACCGGAGCAGCGGCAGCCCGCAGCUGGAGGAGCUGUUCGCGCGCGGCGGGCCCCUGCGGGCUUUCCUGGAGCGCCAGGCCGGGGAGGCCGAGCUGGGAGCCGCGGCCCAGAUGCUGCGGGACAAGGAGCAGGAGCUGCGGGAGACCGAGCCCUUGCUGCAGGAUGAAAAUGAAGAUAUAAGGAAACUUGCAGAGAGUGAAAUUACUUCUUGUCAGAAAGAAAUAACUCAGUUGAAGCAGCAGAUUAUCUUACUUUUGGUUCCCUCUGAAGAAACAGAUGAAAAUGAUUUGAUCCUGGAGGUCACAGCAGGAGUCGGAGGCCAGGAGGCGAUGCUGUUCACAGCGGAGAUGUUUGAUAUGUAUCAGCAAUAUGCUGCAUUUAAAAGGUGGCACUUUGAAACCCUGGAGUAUUUUCCCAGUGAAAUAGGAGGUGUCAGGCAUGCGUCUGCCAGCAUCGGGGGCUCAGAGGCCUAUAAGCUCAUGAAAUUUGAAGGAGGGGUCCACAGAGUGCAGAGAGUGCCAAAGACGGAGAAGCAGGGCCGCAUCCACACCAGCACCAUGACGGUCGCCAUACUGCCCCAGCCUACGGAGAUUAACCUGGUGAUCAAUCCCAAAGACCUGAGAAUUGAUACCAAGCGAGCCAGCGGCGCUGGGGGCCAGCAUGUGAACACCACGGACAGUGCUGUCCGCAUCGUCCACCUUCCCACAGGUAUUGUUUCUGAAUGCCAACAAGAGAGAUCUCAACUGAAAAAUAGAGAGCUGGCCAUGAAAAAGUUACGUGCAAAACUAUACAACAUGCAGCUAGAAGAAGAAACCAGUAAAAGAUACAAUGCGAGGAAGAUCCAGAUCGGCACUAAAGGAAGGUCAGAAAAAAUAAGAACAUACAAUUUUCCACAGAACCGAAUCACAGAUCACAGAAUAAACAAGUCUCUUCAUGAUCUUGAAACUUUCAUGCAAGGAGAACACCUGCUGGAUGAACUUGUACAGUCACUGAAGGAAUAUGCUGAUUAUGAGUCUUUAGUGGACAUUAUUUCCAAAAAGUUGUGAGUUGAUAUGAUAUAUCAAAGACAUUUAUAGCUCAUAAAAAUUCUUUUAUGGCAAAGUGUGCUUUUGAACAUGAAUGAACAAAGAAAUAAUGUGCAUAUUUCAAUAUGUAAUUUAUGUAUAUCCGUGUAUUAAAAGAAAUAUAUUCAUGAUUGUCAAAUUUCUUACUCUUCACAAAUAAUCAAAGGAAAAUAGUCCUUUGUUUUAUGUAUAACGUUUGAUGAUCAAAUAUUUUUCAUAUUUGAUUUUUACAUGUGUAACUUAGAAAAAGGCUUCAAAUGUAAAAGCAUUAAGGGAGUGUAAAAACUGUGAGCCGUUGCCCAUUCAGGAGACACAAAUCAUGCCAUUAACAAGAGCAGGGAUUUUAAUGUAAAUAAUUUUUAACUAAAAAUAAAAUUGGGUAUCAGGGAAAAUUUUUAAAAGGUGGGAACACUGGGUUGGAGGAGAAGGCCAAGGAAAGUGAGACCUUCCCUCCAGGGUGGAGAGUCUGGUUAUUGGAGAGGGCGUGGCUGCAGCCCUCUCAGGUCAGAGGUCAGGAGAGUCUUUGGGGCUACCCCAGCCAGCAUUGGUCCAGUGUCAGUGAAUUAGGUUCUUACUAAGGCCCAAACCUCAGGAACAGUUGGUGUAUCAGAAAGCCUACCGCCAGUGUCUCGCCCAAAGGAAGCUAGUCAGUAUGUGUCUGCAUUAGGCCGGAACAGAGAAUGGUCAUCAGGAAGUACGUGUAAGGGGAGGCAUUUCUGAUGAGGAUCUGGCUCCUGUCAGCAGUGUCCGCUAGCUGGAAGCACAGAGCUGAUCAGUCUGGAAAUAGUUGAUGACGCAGUUCUCUUGGAAGCAGAUCUUUGUUGCUGAGAUCUUUGUUACCUUCAAUUGGCCAUGCUCAAGCACCUGGAAUACGUAGUAAUUUCACUAAUAUGUUUUUGUAUAUAUUUAUUUAAAAGGUACAAACACCAUUAAAUUUCACCCCGAUAUAUCUCAUUUCUGAGUUUUAAGAAAUCAUUUUCCCACUGAAGCACACUCUUUAUGCACACCUACAAAAUUUGGAGUAAUUC